AUGUCAGAAGAUGAGGCUGCCCGGUCCCCCCGAACCGGCUUGUGGGAACAGAACCAGCAGAACGUGGUGCAGCGCGUGGUGGCCCUGCCGCUGGUCAGGACCACGUGCACCGCAGUCUUCGAUGCUUACAGCGCGGCCAAGGACAGGCACCCGCUGCUGGGCUCUGCCUGCCGUCUGGCCGAGCACUGCGUAUGUGGCCUGACCACCCGCGCCCUGGACCACGCCCAGCCGCUGCUCAGCCACCUGCAGCCCCAGCUGGCCACAGUGAACCACCUCGCCUGCCGGGGUCUGGAUAAGCUGGAAGAGAAGCUGCCUUUUCUCCAGCAACCUUCUGAGAUGGUGGUGACCUCGGCCAAGGAUACGGUGGCCAGUGGUGUGACGGGCAUGGUGGGCCUGGCCCGGCAGAGCCGCCGCUGGAGCGUGGACCUAAAGCGCUCCAUGAGCCACGCCGUGGACGUCGUGCUGGGCAAGUCAGAGGAGCUGGUGGACCACUUCCUGCCCAUGACUGAGGACGAGCUCGCGGCCCUGGCAGCCGAGGCUGAGGGCCCGGAAGUGGGCUCUGUGGAGGAGCAGAGGAAACACCAGGGCUACUUCGUACGUCUGGGCUCCCUGUCCGCGCGGCUCCGCCACCUGGCAUAUGAACACUCCCUGGGGAAACUGAGGCAGAAGAAACACCACGCCCAGGACACGCUGGCCGAGCUGCAGGAGACGCUGGAGCUGAUUAACCUCAUGCAGUGCGGGGUGACACCCACUGCCCCUGCCCGCCCUGGGAAGGUGCAUGAGCUUUGGGAGGACUGGAGCCAGCGCUCCCCAAAGAAUGGCCGCCGCCGCAGCCAGGCAGAGCUGGAGACGCUGGUGCUGUCCCGAAGUCUGAUGCGGGAGCUGCAGGGCACAGUGGACGCGCUGGAGAGCAGCGUGCGGGGCCUGCCCCCGGGCGCCCAGGAGAAGGUGGCCGAGGUGCGGCGCAGUGUGGACGCCCUGCAGUCCGCCUUCGCCGACGCCCGCCGCUUCGGGGACGUUCCCGCCGCUGCCCUGGCCGAGGGCCGGGGCAGUGUGGCCCGGGCCCACGCCUGUGUGGAUGAGCUGCUGGAGCUGGUGGUGCAGGCCGUGCCGCUCCCCUGGCUGGUGGGGCCUUUUGCGCCCAUCCUCGUGGAGCGGUCUGCGCCGCCACCCGACCUGGAGGUUCUGGUGGACGAGGUCGUGGGGGGCCCCGACCCCUCCUGGGCUCACCUGGACUGGCCGGCCCAGCAGAGAGCCUGGGAGGCCGAGCACGGGGACGGGCCAGCCCUCCCAGAGGACAUUCCCAAGGAGGAACCCGUGCCCCCCAGUACGCCCAAGCACACCCUGAUGCCAGAGCUGGACUUCUGACCAGAGGCCCGCUUCUAUC